AAUGCCAAUCGUACACAUUGUCCUGUUCAAGUUCAAGGAAGACACUGAGCCGGCAGUGGUUAAGGAUAUCUGUGACCGCAUGAUUGGACUCAAAGAUACUUGCAUACACCCUGAUACACAACAAACAUACAUGAAAUCAUAUGGAGGCGGAAAGAAUAACAGCCCCGAGGGAGCCGCAUAUGGAUUUGUCUCUGAAUUUCAGUCAGAGGCCGAUAGAGAUUACUAUCUGAACACGGAUCCUUCUCAUCUCAAGUUUGUGGAAGAUGUCGGAAAGAUUGUUGACAUGGCUACUGUGUUUGACUUUGAGCCUGGCGUUUUGUCG